CGCGCCCCUCAUCCUCGAGCACACCCCUACGCGCCCUCCACUACCGGUGAGCAGUAAUUCAACAUAGCUUACGAAAGCUGAAAUCGUCUGUGCACGCAGGGGACUAUCUCUGAUAUGUAAUGUACGGCUAUCCAGCAUGACCCUACACACACGUUCCCGCUUGCCCUCCUGACCAUGUCUGGACCGCCCCAACCCGACGACAUCACCAGUACGUUCCGCAAAGCCUGGAUUACCAGUACAGCCGACAAUAAUCUCACCCUUCACGGCUUUCGCAGAUUUAAGACCACUCAUUUACUGAAUUUGCGCUUCCUCGAAGAUGAAAUCGCCGAGAUGGACCACGUUCUCUAUCAAGCCGGCCUCAGCCUAAACCUCAGCCCAUCGUCCGACGAUCGUCUGGGGCUCGGGCACUGCAGAAGAGACGCGAAAGUUGCCAAGAUCGACGAAACCAUCACUCAGGAGUUUAUCCAAAAACUACGGUGUCUUCUGAAAGAAUAUGACGCAGCACUCGCAGCCUUCAACAACAUCAUGACCAUGGAAACAUUCUCCUUACUGGAUGACGAAAAGCAAUCCAGUCUGAGAACUGAUCUCAGCCUGUACGAGAUCCACAAGACUCGUCUCCUUCGAGUAGACCUUGGUACCCGAGCGCGCACAGAUCCCUUCCAGCGCUGGCUGCACAGACAUCUGCGUGCCUUCCGAUACUGGCGACUUCUUAGAAAGAAGAGAUAUGACACUGAAGGACUUGGACCAGUCCCCAAGAAAGAUCAUACAUGGUCGUAUCAGAACACCAUUUUGAUCGCCGAGAUCAUCGGGCGAGUAGCAACAGCAGCGCUAGCGGCAGUCUUCCUCAUCGCCCCGCUUGCCAUUCUAUCGUAUCAAUCUUCGAAGAAUAUCCAACUGGCGGUCAUUUCAGUCUGCAUUCUCAUUUUGUCGUUCCUUGUUUCGCUGUUCCUGAAAGUAUCGAGUUUCGAGAUGAUGGCUGUGGCGGCUGCGUAUGCGGCGGUUUUAUCUGUGUUCGUUUCAAAUGUGCCUGCGGGUUAGUAGAUCUGAGUUUUCGGUACAAGGUCUCUAGAUUCUUGUGCACAAAUUAUCGACUUGCGAACAAUGGGCUCUGCAGGAGCUGCACGUGCCCAAAAACGCUCUCCGC